CAAUUGACAUUUUGGGUUAAUUAGCCUAAUUGAUUAAGUCAAAAACAUUGAACAAUCUUAUCAAUGCCUGGUUAGAUAAAUUAUUUAUAGUUGGGUGCUUGUCGUUACAACGUUAGUCAUAGUCGAAUGUGGGCCAAACGAAUUCAUUGUUCCAUAAUGUUAUUGUAGUAAGAGUUGUGCGACAAAUAACAUGACCGGUGCCAACAAGUACGUGUUCCCGUUCGACGACAAAGCCAAACAGUUCGCCGAGGAACACCUGAACGAAACCGAGGAAAAUCGCGAGGCCGCCUUGAAAUCAAUCAAGCAAUGGAUCCAAGACAACAGCCACCUGAACGCAAGAACGGAAGACGAGCACAUCCUGCCGUUCCUGCGCGGCUGCAAAUUCAAUUUGGACAAAACCAAACAGAAAAUCACGAAUUUUUACACGAUGAAAAGAGACAGACCGGAAUGGUUCGAGAACCGAGACCCUUCACUGCCCGAACUCCAAGAACUAGUUAGGUUAGGAGUGUUCGUACCGUUAAGGCAAUUACACGACAACAAACUGGUUGUUAUCAUCAAAACAGCGGCGCACGAUCCGAGGCGGCACAAGCAAGACGACGUCUUCAAAGUGGGAAAAAUGAUUCUGGACGUCGCCUGUAUGGAGUGCGAAAUCGCCUCCGUCUACGGAGUCGUGGCGAUUUUCGAUAUGACCGGCGUCAGUUUGGCUCACGCCAGACAGCUGCCGCCCAGAGUUAUCAAGAAAGCUGUGUUCGCCUGGCAGAAUUACCACUGCAGGCCGAAGCAACUCGAAUUUGUUAACGCACCCGUUUACAUCAACGUGGUGCUUAACGUUUUCAAAUCGUUUAUGUCGGAGAAGCUGAAGGGGCGAGUGAAGGUGCACUUCAAGGGGUUUGAAGACCUUCACAAGUCCGUCGAUAAGAAUAUACUGCCCGAGGAAUAUGGGGGAUGUGGGGAGGACUUGGCUGAUUUAAGACAGUAUUGGGAAAAGAAAUUGGUUGAAUACACCGAAUGGUUCGUCGAGGACGGGAAAUACAAGGCUGAAUAAAUUAUUUAACGUAUUUUAUUGUGACUGUAUGUUAUUAUUUUAAUAAAUGUCUUUUUUAUUUAAA